AUGGCUGAAUAUACCUCUGACGCAGAUGUCGAGCUCGCUUACACCACGCUGCAGACGACCUUCAAAUCCGGCAAGACCAAGGAGAUUGCCUGGCGCAAAUGGCAGCUCAAGCAGAUCUGGUGGCUCGUUGACGACAACGAGGCUCUGAUUCAGGAGGCCCUCAAGAAGGACAUGAACAGACACCCAUUCGAGACGACCUUUACCGAGUGCGCGAACGUCAAGGGCGAUGUCAUCGAGCACCUGAAGAACAUCGACAAGUGGACGGCAGACCAGAAACCGAGCGCUGGAAUGCUAGGGCUCAUGCUCAGGCCAACGGUGCGUCCGGAGCCGUUGGGCGUCGCUCUUAUUAUUGGGCCCUGGAAUUUCCCUUUCUCCCUCCUGGUUCAGCCGCUGAUUGCGGCCAUCACUGCCGGCUGUGCGGCGUUGCUCAAACCGUCCGAGGUCACAUCGUCAGUCCAACAGCUGUUUGUUGAUCUCGUGCCCAAGUAUCUGGACACUAGCGCCGUGCGUGUCGUCACUGGGGGCCCAGCGGAAACCGGUUGCCUGCUGCAGCGCAAGUUCGACCAUAUCUUCUUCACCGGCUCCGUUCCCGUGGCGCGUCAUAUCGCUGCUGCAGCGGCCAAGCAUCUUACGCCGACUGUGCUGGAGCUGGGCGGACAGUGUCCGGCUAUCGUGACCAGUUCGGCGGAUGUGGACGCGGCAGCAAAGGACAUUGCCUGGAUCAAGUAUCUCAAUGCUGGACAAAUCUGUCUGUCCGUAAACCAUGUUUUCGCACAUCCUUCUGUGGAGCGGAAGCUCAUUGAACGAAUGGCGUUCUGGCUUGAUCGGUUCUACAAGGGUGAGAAGGAUGCCAUGACGCACAUCGUCAAUGACAAGAACUAUGCUCGUAUCAAACAGCUGGCGGAGAAGACGAAGGGAAAGAUCGAGCUGGACGGGACGGCAGAUGCCGAAACUAGGAGUCUGCCGGUGAGCAUCGUGAGCAAUGUCGAAAUGAGCGAUCCUUUGCUCUCCGAAGAGCUCUUUGGGACCGUCUGCCCGGUGAUAAAGGGUUCGACAGACGAUGCGAUCAAGUCCAUCAACAGCCUGCCCCGACCCCUCGCUCUGUAUAUUUUCAGUCAGGACCAGAACGAAGUCGAGCAUAUAAUAUCCUCCACCCUCUCCGGUGGCGUCUGUGUCAACGGCGUUCUCGUCCACGCAAUGGUCCCUAAUGCCCCUUUUGGCGGAGUUGGCGACUCCGGUCACGGCGCCUACCACGGCGAGUACGGCUUCAAGUCCUUCACCCACUACCGCACAAUCGCCCGACCGGCUCCUUUUUUCUUCAAGAUGAGCGAAUGGAUGCGUCCUCCCUACUCGGUGGACAACAUCAAGAAACUGGCUGUCCGCAACAGUGUGGGCAUCCAGCGCAACUGGAGUCUAGAGCAGGAAAGGGAAGCCAUUAAACGAGGUCUGCUUCUCACAAAGUCCCUGAAAUCUGCCAGAUUUCUGGUCUACCUUGUGGUUUUGCUCGGACUUGCUGAUGUUGGUCUAGAUCGGCGGUUGGGUGUGCUUAAAAGCGUGAGGGACCUGCUUGUAGAAGUUAGGUCUUUGUUUUGA